CUGGGUGGGGCACUGUGGUCAGAGGUCAAAGUUGGUUAAUGAUGCUGGUUUGCUUUACAUGCCAACAAGGGAGACCAUUUUCCAGAGGAUGUUGCAGCCUAAAUGUCCAAGGGGCUUGGGGGUGAUGGGGGGCAGUGAGUGAUUAGAUCAUUUAUGAUAUGCUUAACAUAGUGGAAUAUGAUUAGAAGUGUUAGUAACUACGUUUCAGGGACAUGGAGAAACGCUCAAAAAAAGCAUCAUUUAAAAUUGCAUCUGCCAACUAUUAUAUAUGGAAUGGAUAAACAAGAUCCUACUGUAUAGCACGGAAAAGAAUAUAUAUGCAUACACACACAUAUAUAUGAAUCACUUUGCUCUACAGCAGAAAUUAACACAUUGUAAAUCAAUUACAAUGUCCUAACCACUGGACCACCAGGGAACUCCCUAUUAUUUUUAAAAAUAAUUUUAUUUUUUUUCUUUCUUAUUCUUUUAGAGACUCACAUUUAACUGUUUAUGGGUGAAAUGUUAUGACAUCUGGAUUUAUUUAUUUAUUUAUUUAAAAAUAUUUAUUUAUUUGGUUGUGCGGGGUCUUAGUUGCGGCACAAGGGAUCUUUAGUUGCUGCAUGUGGACUCUUAGUUGCGGCAUGUGGGAUCUAGUUCCCUGACCAGGGAUUGAACCCAGGCCCCCUCUCUGCAUUGGGAGUGUGUAGUCUUAAAAACUGGACCAUCAGGGAAGUCCCUGAAUUUAUUUUUAAAUAAUCCAGUAGGGUAUGAGUGGGGAAUAGAUGAAAUACUGAUCAUGAGUUGCUAAUUGUUGAAGCUGGGUGAUUAGUGCAUGGGGGUUGUCUCUGCUUUUAUACAUGUUUGGAAAUUGUAUAAUAAAAAGUUUUAAAAAUAGCAUUUGCAUUUUAAAUAUACUCAAUGUGAAUAUUAAAAUAUGCAUAAAGAUUGGAUGGAAGAAGUUAAAAGCUAGCUGUGGUUGGUUCUGGGAAGUUGGAUUGUAGAUAGUUCUGAGUUUUUUCUUUCCUGUUACUUCCAUGCUUUUUUGUGCCAUCUGCAUUUUUUUUUUUUUUUUUUUUUUUUUGGCUGUGCCGUGAGGCAUAUGGGAUGUUAGGUCCCCGACCAGGGAUCAAACCCACACCUCCUGCAGUGGAAGCUCGGAGUCUUAACCACUGGACUGCCAGGGAAGUCCCAAAAUCUGCAUUUUUUAUAAUGAGCAACUAUUGCAUUUAUAACGAAAAUUAUUUUAAUAACAAAUUGCUGACACACUUUGAUGUUCAACGUUGAUGUAUGCUGUUAUCAUCAUUGUGAGGACAUUUGGGCUCAGAAGGUUUGUGUCAUUGGAAAACAUCAUCUUCAGAAAGAAAGUAUGAGUGGUCACACAUGUGAGUGAAUUGUGACUCUUGGCAGGGAAGAAAACCUAUACCACAUCUCUUUAAAUAUCUUCCCAGGCCCUCUUCAUCUUUUUCCUUAAACCUACGUUCAUUGGGAAACAUAACACACUCAAAGGACAGUGUGCAGGUCAACAGCUUAUAAAUUGAUCUGCUACCAAACCAACAUCCAGGCAGCAGCAGAGAACCAGGCCAGCCCCCGGCAGCCACCCUCAGGUCCCUUCUUGAUCACCACCCCUGCCCUCCCCAAAAUCACCCCAUUCCUGACUUUUAUGGUCAUUGCUUCCUUCUUUGUCCAUGUAGUUUUACCUCCUACAUAUUCAUUCCUAAACACUGUGGAUUUUCUUUGCCUGUUUCUGACCUUCACAUAUGUGGAUUUAUAUACAGUAUGUCUGCUUUUUGGUUUGCAUUUUUAAAGUGCAUUUCUACUGUAGGAGAUGUAGAUGCACACACAGAAAUGUUCAUGACAGAAUUGUUCAAAACCUGAAAGCCACCCAGGGGUGCAUCAGCAUAGAACAGAAAAUAAUCGUGGGGCACUCACACAGUGCAAUCCUAUUCAGCAAUAACAGUGAACAGACCAUAGCCACAGCAAUAGCAUGGAUGAGAUACUACCAGAAAUGCUGAGAUGAAUUUACAGAUAAAUGCAAAAUUGGCCCCUAUCCACAUGGCAGUUAUCAAAUGCAUCACUACCAGACACAAUUUCUUUUUCCAUGAACAAGAAUUAUCGCAUCAUCAUCAGUCAUCUGUAAAUUAGCUCAGACAGUGAAAGGGGGAGAUGGCCCCAAAGGGUGUGCUAGACAGGACACCCAAUAAAGGUUUUUUGGCCUAUUAAAGUCUUUUAUAAUUUCUCCUUAUAGAUCCUCAGUGUAGAAUUUGAGCCUCCUCUGUUUUCCCCUCUUCUGCCUUCUCUGUGCAUCCUUUCCUGAGCCCUCCACUCAGACUAAAGUGAACUUUCCUGAAGGCUCCGGGAACAGGUUAGCCCCUCCUAACCCCACAAUCCUCACUUCUUUCUGUUUCUGUAUAGUCCCUCACACCCUCUCUGCCUGGCCGUGGACCCAGGAAACCUCCUUAUGCUCAUACUCUCAGAGCCUUUGGCUUCAAACCACACCCCACCCCAUGCCCACCACCAUCUUUAUCAACCUGGAAGACCCUCCCAGCCUUUAAGACUCAGCUUAAAUGGUCCAAUCCUUGGGUUUCCCAUCACUUUUCUUAUACUCUUACUAAACAAUAAUAAAAAUUCACAGAGACUAUAUUUUAGACAUUUUUACCUCUACAGAAUUGAGCACAGUGCCUACUGUUGGGGAAAUAGAAUGAAAAACAAAAUCUCCAACCCAGAAAAAUCUCCCCAUGAAUAUGGUAGAGAAAGAAAACUCUUUCAUUACUGAAUAAGCGUUAAAUGUGAUGUGCAUCAGAGGCAAUCCGCUAUGAGGUAGUAAAGACACAAAAAAUCUCACCCUGGUAUAUGACCAGAUACAACCCCUUACACACAUGUUCUCAAGAUACACAAUGACUGGUGCUCAAGUAAGGGAACCUGACAGUCACACACAGUUCAUCCCAAGUUUACCAUGGUCAUUGGGUUCAUCAUCUGUAUUAGUUGGUUGGCUUCAUCCAGAGGAGAAACAAACUUCUCAUCCCUUUAUUAUCAGACGUAGUUGUGUAACUUGGAGCCAGGUUCCUGCCCAAGUCAGGCUCCUGCCCUCCCUCUGGGACUGGGAGCCUGGGCACCUCAAUAUCUGCAUUUCAAAGAGAUGGCUCCCGGCUCUGAAGCUGACAGAGGAAAUGGUCACAUUUUCUAAAGGGUAUAUAUCCACAUUUCAAAGAGGAAAGAAGGUACAAUUACAUGUUUUCUAAAAUAAAUACUCUAAGAAAAAGGAGGCAAGUGGACUCUUGUCCCUUAUUUCCAACAGGGAGAAUUAAGCCUCUUAUUAUUUUUUUUAGUUAAUUAAUUAAUUUAUUUUGGCUGCAUUGGGUCUUCGUUGCUGUGCGCGGGCUUUCUCUAGUUGUGCUGAGCGGGGACUACGCUUCGUUGCGGUGCAUGGGCUUCCCUUCGCGGAGGCUUCUCUUUGUUGCGGAGCAUGGGCUCUAGGUGCACGGGCUUCGGUAGUUGUGGCACAUGGGCUCAGUAGUUGUGGCGCACGGGCUCAGUAGUUGUGGCACACAGGCUUGGUUGCUCUGCAGCAUGUGGGAUCUUCCUGGACCAGGGCUUGAACCUGUGUCCCCUGCGUUGGCAGGCAGAUUCCUAACCACUGCGCCACCAGAGAAGUCCCAAGCCUCUUAUUUUUAAUUUUCACUUGUCCUUACACCAGUGUAUGGUAAAAAUAAUUAACAGAUAUUGGCUUAAUCAAAAAUUAAUUAAUAAGCAAGUCCAUCUCUUCUUCAGUUAUUAAAAAAGGAAAAUCAUAGUCAUUUCCUUUCUAAAUUUCACAGUUCAUUUUAACAGAGAUAAAUAAAUACCAUAAAGGACUUUGAGGAGGAAAGCAGAGGGAGGUGUGGCAAACCAAGAACAGGGGCAGGUCCUGUGAAGGGGUGGCUCACACACGAGCAGAGGGGCCUCACUCCAUGUGUGGUUUUCUCCUGUUACUGGUCUUGGCUUGUGGUGUGUCUGGGCCCGUAUAAAAUGCUGGUGGGUGAGUCACGCCAAGUUGUUUUAGGUGGACUCUGCUGCAGGAAUAGAAAGUCACUCAAUCUACUUGUGUGGAGGAUGGGGUGCAAGUUGUAAAAUGUGCCCACUGCUCCUCAGCAUGGAAUUCAAGGCCCAUCCAUCUGCCCCUCUUCUUCCUUCUUGGCCUUGCUCUCUCUGCAUCCUAAGGAGGGGUCUCAUAAAAAAUAGCUGUCAUUGUAAAUUGGAAAACCAUCAGGUCCUUAAACUCAGGGUCCCAAGUAGCCAGGGGUGUGGGCUUGGGGCCAGACUGAGAACCUUCCUACGUGGCCCAAGGUGAAUUCCAGAUUUGUCAGGACUCAAAAUUAACUAAUUCAGCUCUCUGUCUCCAAACAGAACCUCAUCUGAAUGCUGGCCGCCUGCGAGCCCAGAAGCUUCGCAGGCUGCUGAGCAGCCACUCUGUGGACACGAGGCCACGCUUCCCCUGACCCAGGACUCAUGCUGCUCUUUAAAACUGUUUCCUUCUCUUUGGUCAUUGUUGGAAAACUGAGCAGCCAGAGCUGGCCAGGCCCUCAGAGAUGGUCCGGUCCAGGGCUUUCAUUACAUACAUCAAGAAACUGAGGCCGAGCUGGAAGUGAGCUGCCCAGGGUCUGCCAGCUUAUUUCAGGGUGCUCACCAUGCCCACCAUCUCCCCUGAAUCAAGUUUAGAAGACUUUGAGUAUGAUGAGCUUGCAGAAGCCUGUGAUAUGGGGGACAUCGUGGCCUUGGGAACUGUCUUCCUGGCCAUACUCUACUCCCUUGUCUUUGCCUUUGGCCUGGUGGGAAAUUUGCUGGUGGUGUUUGCCCUCACCAACAGUCAGAAGCCCAAGAGCAUCACUGACGUUUACCUCCUGAACCUGGCCUUUUCUGAUCUGCUCUUUGUAGCCACCUUGCCCUUCUGGACUCACUAUCUUAUAAACGAGCAAGGCCUUCAUAAUGCCGUGUGCAAACUCACCACCGCCUUCUUCUUCAUCGGGUUUUUUGGAGGCAUAUUCUUCAUCACCAUCAUCAGCAUCGACAGGUACUUGGCCAUUGUCCUGGCCGCCAACUCCAUGAACAACCGGACUGUGCAGCAUGGCGUCACCAUCAGCCUUGGCGUCUGGGCAGCCGCCAUCUUGGUGGCUGCACCCCAGUUCAUGUUCACCAAACAGAAAGAAAACGAAUGCCUUGGUGACUACCCUGAGGUCCUACAGGAAAUCUGGCCUGUGCUCCGCAACGUAGAAAUAAAUUUUCUUGGCUUCCUGCUCCCCCUGCUUAUUAUGAGUUACUGUUACUUCAGAAUCAUGCGGACACUUUUUUCCUGCAAAAACCAAAAGAAAGCUAAAGCCAUUAGGCUGAUCUUUCUUGUGGUCAUCAUGUUUUUCCUCUUCUGGACACCUUACAACGUCAUGAUUUUCUUAGAGACACUCAAUCUCUAUGACUUCUUUCCCAACUGUGACAUGAAGAGGGAUCUGAGGUUGGCCCUCAGUGUGACCGAGACAGUUGCAUUUACCCACUGUUGCCUUAAUCCCCUUAUCUAUGCCUUUGCUGGAGAGAAGUUCAGAAGAUACCUUUACCACCUGUACAGGAAAUGCCUGGCUGUCCUGUGUGGCCACCCCGUCCACGUCAGUUUCUCCCUGUCCCCGUCUGAAUCACAAAGGAGCAGGCGUGAAAGUAUUCUGAGCAGCAAUUUCACUCAUUACACCAGUGAUGGAAAUACAUCCAUCCUCCUCUGAAAGCCUUGUCUCUCCAGCAAGCCUGGAGUUUCUGAGACUGACACUGAAUAAUUAGGACAGAUUUUUAAAUUUCUUACAUGCAAGCAACAAUGGGUCUGAUGCCCAAAAGCAAUCCUGAAAGUAUUUUUGAGAAUUGUGCUCAAAAUCUGAAUGAUAAAGGACAGGCAUGUUUCUUAUUGCCAAUGUCAAGAGUUUCUUGUUUACAAAUUACAAAAAUUCAACUCAGAUUAAUUUAGCCUAAAAAAUUAAUUUAGCCUGAAAUCAUUUGCAUUGUAACAUGGGCAAGGGGGUGGCGAAUCCUCAGAGUGAGUGAAAACUAGAGCUUGAAUCUAGCUAGAACUUCCUCUCUCUGACUCUCAAAUCUCUGAGUGGUAACAGAGAUCCCAGACUCACAUAACACAGUUUUGUCAUCAGAGAGGGAAUGAGACCUAUAUCCCUCUGAUCCCAAGGUCAAAAUUCCCAGGGAAGGGCUCUGAUUGGCCAAGUUUGUAUCAGAUUCUCAUCCUUGGACCAGGUGGCAGUAUCCACAGGGAAGACAUAGAUAAGAUGGCAGCUCCCAUUCCAAUCUUGUGGUUGGAGAUGCGUGAAGACAUAUUUCCAAGAAGCUGGAGGGUGGGUGCUGCUUUGAUCAGAUAUAACAAGAGUUGCCCACCAACUUUACCUGCGUCUAGCCCAGCCCCACCUUGAUCAUACCAGCCAGAACACACCACCAGCCUCUUCGCCAUUAAACCCCCUCUGUCAUGUCCCCAAACACACAGAGGUUCCCCAGCGCCUACUGCAUCAAGUCCAAGCUCAAAUGCCUGGCCUCUGACACCCUCCGUCAUGUGGUUCCACCAACAGAUUUGCCAGUACCUCCUCUUCACAAAGGACUCCAGCCACCUUGUCAGUCAGGUCUCUUCAAUCCAGCCACAUGCAUCGCCACCUGCUCCAGAGCCCAGGGGGAUAAACAGAAAAAACAGUGGCCCAAACUGAGAAGGCAUGGUUUCUAGUCCCAACUCUAUCACUUAUCUGCUGGGUAAUUUGGGGCCAACUGAACUUCAGUUUCCUCAUCUGUAGAAUGGAGAUAAUAGAACUUUUCAUGUAGGAAGCAUCCUUUCCAGCAUGAGGAACCAGCCUCUAACUCUUGCAGGUUCCAACCCUCUUGUCUGGUUCCCAGACUUCAGCUUUUCCUCCACCUGGCACCGUGCUUAAGUGGUGCUGUUGACAGAGCUUGGAAGGGCCUUGUGGGCUCUGCUGCGUGAUGUAGCUCAGACACAGAGGAGGCUGGCUCCUACAGUGGCGCUCAAUGGACACUUGUAGAUAUACAGGUUGAUAGCCUUUCCUGACCCAACCCUCCCGGACUGCCUGGAACAUUUCCUCCCAAUCAACUGGUGGCAACCCCAUCUGGAGAGAACCCCAUCAUUCAUGCCACUGCCAACCUGGACAGCCAGGGUCCCAGGAGCAGUUUUCCCUUUCUCAGUAAACUUUUGGGAUGGACUGAAAUUUUAAAGCUUGAAAAACAAUUGUGAUGAUGCUAAAGAAAAUAUAAUCUACCCACACAGUAUCUUCAUCUGCCCCCCAGACCUCAUUCACACCCUCAUGUGUUUCGAGUUGCAAUCAUAAUGUACAGACAGUUUUAUAAUCUGCUUUUUUUUUUUUUUUUUGCGGUACGCAGGCCUCUCUCUGUUGUGGCCUCUCCCGUUGCGGAGCACAGGCUCCGGAUGAACAGGCUCAGCGGCCAUGGCUCACGGGCCUAGCCGCUCCGCGGCACGUGGGAUCUUCCCAGACCAGGGCACGAACCUGUGUCCCCUGCAUCGGCAGGCGGACUCUCAACCACUGCGCUACCAGGGAAGCCCGUAUAAUCUGCUUUUUUUUUCUCUUAACAUUAGGCCACAAAUAGCCUUCUGUUUCUAUAUAGUUUUGUAAUAUUUCAGAAGACUCUGCCAGGUUGUGUACUCAUUGAAGGCGUCUGACUCCUUCUAUUUCUCACUCCUUGGCAGUCAGUAUAUUUGUUUAACCAAUGACAGAAUGAAUUAUGUUCCAUCAAGAUCAUGUACUGUAACUUACUCAUCAUUACCCUAUUAAUAAACAUUUCGCUUGUUUCCAAUAUUUACCAAA